UUUCCUGUAGGCCUGACAUUGACGCGCCCACAUCAGAAUCUACCGGCUGGUAACAGGACCUUUUUUUUAUUGGUUUAUUUCGCUGCUUGAAACAAGUUGGAAGGUUCGGAUGACUUCGACGUCGAAAGCACAAAAUAAAGGAGUACGGAUGAGCUUGGCAGAGAUGGCGGAGAUGGAGGAGCUGGUGGGGCUGAGGCAAUGCCAGCAGGCCCGACUCCAGCUGGAGGAUGCCAUCACAGAGGUGAUGAAGGCUGAGAGCCAUCUUAGAGACAAUGCCCGAGAGGUGAGGUCUCAGCUCCACAGUUGUAUCAGCCGUCAGCAGGAGUCUCUACGGUGUCGGGAGGUUUGGUUGUUUAGUCAGGUCGACCUGCUGGAGCAACUAAAGGCCGACACUCUGCAGCAGCAGCUGCAGCAGCUCCACUGGCUGAGGGGUCAGUUUGAUGUUAUUGCUCAUCAGCUGGAAAAGUCGAACAGCCACGACCUGAAUAACCAGCUAACUAGCUGUAUGGAGAGGCUCUCCUCCUUGAGUCUGGCUCCGGAGGAGACCCCAGAGAUGAGCUUCCAGGCCGACACUCGUUCCCUAAAGCAGGCCAUCACCUCCUUCGGGACCAUUGCCACUCAGCACAUGCAGGGAAGUAGCCUUCAGAGCUCCGCCCCUGGCCACCCUCUGCAGCCCACCUGGCCGAAGCAGAGCUGUCCUGUGGCGACCAAGAGACAGAAGGUGGAGGCGGGACCUCUGGCUGACUGGCUGUUUGGAGCCCGUCCAGUGAACAACACUCCGAUUGGUUUCCAGUCCAGCAAGAACCCUCAGGAUUGGUUAAUCUCACACAGAGAGGCCAAGUCGUCCUGUCCUGCCCUAGCAGUUAUAGAUUUCCAGCGGGCCUGGGGCCAGCUCAAAGACCUGGAAGCAUGGCUUUUAAAAGAGAAGGUGCCUGUCAUCAGGGAGAGGGCCAAUAGCAACACCAGCACCAUUAGCUCCUCCUUCUCCAUUGAGAAGAUAGAUGAAUCAGAGUUAAACAUGGCCCUGGAGGAGGAAGAUUAUGAUGAUGAUGAUGGAGAGAAGGGUGGAGAGGAGGUUCAGGCAGAGGCCGAUGAGCUUGGCGACUGGCUCAUCACCCCAGCAACCGUUGCCAUGGAGAACGAGCAAGAUGCAGAGCGAUGGAGGCAGGUGUUGAAGCCGUUUCAGGCGGAAUGGUUGCCCAGCGACUGGCUCUUUGUUCAGACCACUGCCCCCGCCGACUGUAGUGGGUGCUGUCAGACCCGAACCUCCGCCCUGGAGAUCGAGAACCUGGGUGAGCUCAAGUGCCUCAAGACCCCGCCCACAUCUAGUCUCACCUCUACCCCCACAACCCCACCUGCCCCUGGCUCCAGCCCCAGCCCCUCCCCUCUGGAUCUCUGGCUGCAGAAGACAAUUCCCGUCCAGAAGGCGUGCAGGGCCAACGAGCCAUGCUCCAGUUACACCCAGUGUGUUUGUGAGGAGAACUGUGGGCGGGAGGCGCUGAGCACCUGGCUCCUCAGACAGGAAGGACGCGACAAGAACGGAGUCCCCGUCGCCAAGAUCCGGCCCCCCACUGAGCCCACCAGCAAACCCGCCAGUCUGCACCAGAGAGACCAGGAACAGAAGGUCCAGGCCAUCCUGAACGCCUGGCUGCACCCCGCCAAAAUCCCCCUCUCCUCCUUCACCGCCUGGGGAGCGGCACCAGGGAAGGAGAAGGCCAGCCAGGAGGAGCACAGCUCCCACUUCAAGACCUCCUCCUCUUCCUCCUUCUCUGGACAGAACCCGUUCCAGGGGCCACUGGAGCCAGAGCGUUGGGUGGUGCCAGAAAGCAGCAGCACAUUGACUGGCAGCUCAGGAGGUCAGGAGAGACAGGAGUCCAACCCACAACCAGAAGAAGACAAAUGGCUGCUGAGGAAGAAGAGCCAGAUACAGGAGCGCCUGGCCCUCCCAACAGUCUGUGAUUUAUUCUCCUGUAUGAAAAUAGGAGGAGACAAAGACAAGUGGCUACACAAGGCACCUAUACAGAUGUGAUUUUGCAACCAUGUUGGGGUUUUUUUCCAAGCUUCUGGAUGCUUCGCGUUUUACCGUCAUGGAGCCACUUAACGCUGAUAAGCGCACAGCAGAAUGAAAUGCCUUCCUUUACUCGUCAGUGGAGGAGUCCCUCCAACCAGAGCCCGACCAGUUCAGAUGUCCACCGACCCGACCCGACCCUGUCUUUGUCUGUCUGCCAGUGUGGUUCUGAUUCUUCUGAAGAAUUUUCACGUCCCUGACUGCUUUUAAUUUGGUUUAUUGGUACUCACACUGAAAAACUGGACCAAGUUUGGUGGGAUUCAGUUUGGAUCAAGUCCAGGAUAAGUUAUUAGAAGGUGUUUUUCCUUUUUGGGGCUUUUUAUACCCAGCAGGGGUUUUUUUUUUUUUUAAGAGUUCUGCCGCUCUCUGGUUUAAUCCUGGAGAACGGUGGACCUCGACUCCAACAUGCCCAACCUUAGAAUAACAUGAAUUCACCGUCCAACGUCUCAUAUCAAAUGAGGUGUAACCUUGAUAUUUUUCCUCUUUUAAAAUUUUUUUUUUAUUUUAAAAAGUCAGUUUGUGUUUUUUAAAGUGGUCAAUGUCUUGUGUUGGAUGGACGACUUGAUAAUCUGAUUCACACCAACAUGAAGCUUUUCCCAGGGUGACGCAAGGUUCAGGUAGAAUAUAAAAGCAGAUUUUUAUUUUAAUCAACCUUAUUCUAACAAUUUCUUGUUUUCUAGGGUGUUACAAAUAUGGCAGGUGAGGUGGUUGUUUGAAGAGAUGAAGCUAAAAGGGAGUCUGAUUAUAUUUAGCUAUAACUCUUCCCUCCUCAGAAGAGUUUACAGUAUAAAGGAGCAUUUUAAUUUUUCCUCAUAAGCCUAAAUGCUUUCUCUCUGAGACUAAAACAAUAUCACAAAUAAUCGCUGAUUCCAGCUUUCUGUGAGCUACUUUAAACACAGCGGCCACAUCGGAUCUGGCCAGCCCACUAAAGACGCUCCGUCUGAGCUCGCCAAGGAUUUCUCCUCCAGACAAGGUUAAUAACAGCUGCUGUGAAGAUGGGUUGAUUUUAGUUUUAUUGAUAUGUUGUUUUUCGGGACACUAUUAAGUUUCUCUCCGCUGUGGUAAAAAUAACUCUUGGGUUUUUCCAUGCAGCCUCUCUAAAACAUAAGUCUAAUCAAGUAAAAUCCGCUGAUUGGAUAACCACUGCUUAGAAACGCCACCUACCUUUCAAACAGCAGUGUGUGAUUGGUAACAAAGGAGAUGAGACAUUUCAUUGGUGCUUUCUGAGGUGCUCUGGAGUGUGAUUGGUGAGUUGAUUUAUGCUGUCUAAUGUAUUGCUAUCAUAGAUCCAUUAUAACUGUCACUCUUCCACCUUCCCUUAAAUAAAAUAUUCAAUUGAA